AUGACGAAAGAGGAGACCCAAGGGCGGAUCCAACAAGUACUGGAAGCGGAGGGCGCGGAUCCAGGGUCACAAGAAGAUUUGAACGUCGACCUCCAAAGGACCUUGGAUCUGGAGGCGUCGGAUCAUACCGAGGUGGAUCCGCGCUGGAUCCACGCCCAUCGGUCUUUUAACGUGCUUAAAACCAGGAUUGCUACAACUCCGAUCUUACGGCAUUUUGAUCCAGAUCGGAAGGCCACAGUGGUGGUUGUUGGCCCUUCUGAGGAUCCUGGAUCUAAACUACAAUACGUUGGUAGGACGUCCGAUCCGUGUGCUAACACGACACUCAACAUUGGCAUGGCUUUUCAUUUCCACGGCUUUGCAAGGACGUCUGGGACAAUGGGCAGCUCUUUGGAGAUCCCCAAGUGUGUCAAAGGAGAGGAUGAGAUCCUGGGAGCACUGGCAGCUAGUAUCACCCCCAGAUCAGAAGUGGAUAAGGCGCUGAUCUCAAUCGCCCCCAAAAAGGAGCCAAGACGUAAGAUCCAAGCUCCGAUCCCCACGAUCAGACGAGAUGAGGAACUAUAUGUCGUCAGUUUCGAUGGAUCGGCUCGUGCCAAGAGAGGUGGGGGCGCCUACAGCGCGAUCUUGUGGAAGUUGCCCGAGUGGAGAGUGCUGAGGGCUAGAUCAGGAUAUGCCGAAGGCUUGACGGUGAAUGAGGCAGAAUACCAUGGGUUGUUACUAUGUUUGGAUCUGAUGGAAGAUCUGGAUCCACAGCGUCUUGUGAUCUGUGGCGACUCAAACCUAGUGAUCCGACAAGUGCGAGGAGAAAUCGAUUGUAAGGCGCCAGAUCGACUGCGUAAAUGGCCGGAUCAUGAACUAUUGCACGUCAAGCGAGACUGGAAUGGGAGUGCUGACAGCCUAGCAGGGGCUGCUCUACAACGACAAUGUGGGAUCGAGAUAGAGUCUGAUGUAGAGAUCCAGUAUCUCAUAACUUUGAAUCGGCUAGAUGAGAUCCUGAUAGUGAAAGCCGAGGAAGAGAUCGUACAGGUAUCAGCGGUGACAACCCGAUCGAAGGCUAGAUCGGGGGUACGUACUGGAUCUGAUCCAGGCUCUCUACGAGAGGAAGUCGUGAGAGAGCUACGGAACGAGCGGAUCCGACAAGCGCAGGACGAGGAGUCGUGGCUUGAAGAAGUACCUAACCGGAGAGAUCCGAGAUCUGACACAGGAAGAGGCUAA